ACAGACUAUCCAUGAAUUGGGAAGGGAAACUCUCAACACACAGACCUGCUAAGAAGAGCACACACCAACACAAGGAAAACUCAGAGGAGAAAAUCUUGGAAGGAAAGUGGCCAUGGACCUGAUCCCAAGCUUUUCGGUGGAAACAUGGAUUCUCCUGGCUACCAGCCUGGUGCUCCUCUAUCUAUAUGGGACCUCUACACAUGGACUUUUUAAGAAGCUGGGAAUCCCGGGGCCGACACCCCUACCUUUUGUAGGAACUAUUCUGGGCUACCGUAAGGGUUUUGGGACUUUUGACAUGGACUGUUUUAAAACGUAUGGAAACAUGUGGGGGUGCUAUGAUGGUCGGCAGCCUGUGUUGGCAAUCACGGAUCCAGACAUGAUCAAAGCAAUCCUAGUGAAAGAAUGUUAUUCUGUCUUCACAAAUCGGCGGCCUAUGGCUGCAGUAGGAUUUAUGAAAAGUGCCAUCUCUAUAGCUGAGGAUGAAACUUGGAAGAGAAUUCGAACAUUGCUAUCUCCAACCUUCACUAGUGGAAAGCUCAAGGAGAUGUUCCCCAUCAUUGGCCAGUAUGCAGAUGGGUUGGUCAGCAACCUGAGGAAGGAAGCAGAGAAAGGAAAACCCAUCACCUUGAAAGAUAUGUUUGGGGCCUACAGCAUGGAUGUGAUUACUGGCACGUCAUUUGGAGUGAACAUCGAUUCCCUGAACAACCCACAAGAUCCCUUUGUGGAAAAUAUCAAGAAGCUCUUAAAAUUUAAUUUCCUUGACCCAUUCAUUUUCUGCAUAACACUCUUUCCAUUCCUUGGCCCAGUAUUUGAAGCAUUUAAUAUUUUCCUGUUCCCAAAAAGUGUGACUGAUUUUUUCAAAAAGUCUGUAAAAAGAAUGAAAGAAAAUCGCCUCCAAGAUAAACAAAAGCACCGAGUGGAUUUACUUCAGCUGAUGAUUAACUCUCAGAAUUCCAAAGAAACAGACUCCCAUAAAGCUCUGACUGAUCUGGAGCUUGUUGCCCAAUCUAUUAUCUUUCUGUUUGCCGGCUAUGAGACCACUAGCAGUUCUCUUUCUUUCCUUAUGUAUUUGCUGGCCACUCACCCCGAUGUGCAGCAGAAAUUGCACAAGGAGAUUGAUGCAACGUUUCCCAAUAAGGCAACUCCCACCUAUGAUGCCCUGGCACAGAUGGAGUAUCUUGACAUGGUGAUGAAUGAAUCCCUCAGACUAUUCCCAAUUGCUGGUAGACUUGAGAGGCUCUGUAAGAAGGAUGUGGAAAUCAAUGGGGUGUUCAUUCCCAAAGGGACAGUGGUGAUGGUGCCAAGCUUUGUUCUUCACCUAGACCCGACGUACUGGCCAGAGCCAGAGGAGUUCCGUCCUGAAAGGUUUAGCAAGGAGAACAAGGACAGCAUAAAUCCUUACAUAUACACACCCUUUGGAAGUGGACCCAGAAACUGCAUCGGAAUGAGGUUCGCUCUCAUGAACAUGAAAAUUGCUCUCGUCAGAGUUCUGCAGAACUUCUCCUUCAAACCCUGCAAAGAAACACAGAUCCCUGUGGAACUAGAUUUUCAAGGAAUUAUUCAACCAAAAAAACCCAUUGUUCUAAAGGCUGAGUUGAGAGAUGGAACUGUAAGUGGAGCCUGACUUUCCCAAAGGAUUUACACUUUGUUCUUCAAGGAAGUCAUAUCCCCUGACACCAGAGAUCUCAGUGUACUUUGUGAAUAAAAAAAACAGAAAUGAAAAUGGGAGUAACUUACUGCACUUGAUGGAUGACUAGGGAAUCUGUACAUUCACUUAUCUUCUCAGUGUCUAUACAGAGUAUUACAUAUUGUGUAAUAUAAGAGAGGUGACUAAAUAAGUAGACCGAGUUUAUUGGGUUCUUAUAAUACUAUCUCCAUCUAUUCCCACUUAGUAUCAUCUACUUACUUAGUACUAAUCAUGAAUACAAAUUUCUCUUUAAUUUUAUCUACAAACCUUAAUGAAAACAAGAAUCAUUAUGGAAAUGGCAAUAAUGACAUUUAUAUCACGUUUUAUUUUGAAUAUUCUAUAUUGUAUAUUAUAUUGAGCAACUCAAUAAACAUCUCUUCAUAAUAAUAUUAUCUAAUGCUUUCAUGCACAGCCAGUGACUAAAUGUUUUUAACCAUCACAAUCACUGGUUGGGUGGGACCUUUUCAGAAUUGCAAUUUGAUAUAUUAAGAUAGAUGAGAAUAAAUCCAUUGUGAUGUCCCCCAUUAUUUAGAAAGUACAUUCAUAAUUUAAUUCCACCUUUUUUGGAGCACAUAUUUUUUGUAAGACUCAGCUGAGCGCUUAUUAUUUUAUUAUUAGUUUUGAUUUAAUGUUUUAUCUCAUCUCCCUUGAUAAUGCUGGAAGACAGGAAACAUGUUUUCUUAUAUUCUUUGUAUGUCAUCCUCAAGUCCCAACCCUCUUAACACAAUGAACAUGGAAUAAAAGACAGUUGAUUGAUCAAUUGA